CUGUAGGUGGGCAAUUUGGCUGUAGUCUUGGAUCCUGGUACGCUGCGGCACGUGGUCGGCACUCUUGGUCUAGCGGUUUCUGAACGGUUUGUGAGGCGGAGGUGGGGUUGGUUCGUGGCUUGAGUUUCUGGCCCGACGCGGACGCAUCCGGGGCGCCGAGGACGCAGAGGCCCCUUCCGUCAUGGACUACCGGCGGGUGCUGAUGAGCCGGGUGGUCCCCGGGCAGUUUGACGACGCGGACUCCUCCGACAGUGAAAACACAGAUUUGAAGUCAAUUAAAGGAGAAGAAGACAUUCUGUUUAAAGACCUUCAAAAUGAUAUGACAGAAGAGAACUUUGAAGAUGAGAGAGAGGAAGAGGAAGACUAUGAUGAUGACAGUGAUUGGGACUGGGAUGAUGGUAAACUCACCAAGGGUUGUGCCUGGAAUGGAGGAAACAACCCACAGGCAAAUCGACAGACUUCUAGCUAUAAUUCAGGCAGAAUGUCUACUCCAGCUGAUAAGCUCUUACGAAAAUUUGAAAAUAAAAUCAAUCUAGAUAAGCUAAAUGUUACUGAUUCUGUCAUAAAUAAAGUCACUGAAAAAUCUAGACAGAAAGAAGCAGAUAUGUAUCGCAUUAAAGAUAAGGCUGACAGAGCAACUGUAGAACAGGUUUUGGAUCCCAGAACAAGGAUGAUUUUAUUCAAGAUGUUGACCCGAGGAAUAAUAUCAGAGAUAAAUGGCUGCAUUAGCACUGGAAAAGAAGCUAAUGUAUACCAUGCUAGCACAGCCAGUGGAGAGAGCAGAGCAAUCAAGAUUUAUAAAACUUCUAUUUUGGUGUUCAAAGAUCGUGAUAAGUAUGUAACUGGGGAAUUCAGAUUUCGUCAUGGCUAUUGUAAAGGAAACCCUAGGAAAAUGGUGAAGACGUGGGCAGAAAAGGAAAUGAGAAACCUUAUCAGGCUAAACACAGCAGAGAUACCAUGUCCAGAACCAGUAAUGCUAAGAAGUCAUGUUCUUGUGAUGGGUUUUAUUGGCAAAGAUGACAUGCCUGCGCCACUGUUGAAGAAUGUCCAGUUAUCAGAAUCCAAGGCCCGGGAAUUGUAUCUGCAGGUCAUUCAGUACAUGAGGAGAAUGUAUCAGGAUGCCAGACUUGUCCAUGCAGAUCUCAGUGAAUUUAACAUGCUGUACCAUGAUGGAGAUGUGUAUAUCAUCGAUGUUUCUCAGUCAGUGGAGCAUGACCACCCACAUGCACUGGAGUUCUUGAGAAAAGACUGUGCCAACGUCAAUGAUUUCUUUUUGAAGCAUGCAGUUGCCGUGAUGACUGUGCGGGAGCUCUUUGAGUUUGUCACAGACCCUUCCAUCACAGCUGAGAACAUGGAUGCUUACCUCUCAAAGGCUAUGGAAAUAGCAUCCCAAAGGACCAAGGAAGAAAAGACUAGCCAAGAUCAUGUGGAUGAAGAGGUGUUCAAACGAGCAUAUAUUCCUAGAACCUUGAAUGAAGUAAAAAAUUAUGAGAGGGAUAUUGAUAUAAUGAUGAAGUUGAAGGAAGAGGACAUGGCCUUGAAUGCUCAGCAAGACAAUAUUCUAUAUCAGACUGUCACAGGAUUGAAAAAAGACUUGUCAGGAGUUCAAAAGGUCCCAGCACUCUUAGAAAACAAAGUUAAAGAAAAGACUUGUUCUGAUUCAGAGGCUGCUGGAAGCUCUGAGUGCUCUGACACAGACUCUGAAGAGCAGGGGGACCAUGCCUGCUCCAGAAAACACACUGCUGACCCUGACAUUGAUAAAAAGGAAAGAAAAAAGAUGGUCAAGGAGGCCCAGAGAGAGAAAAGGAAAAAUAAAAUUCCUAAACAUGUGAAAAAAAGAAAGGAAAAGACGGCCAAGAUCAAAAAAGGCAGAUAGACUGAAGAGUUAUGUGUGGACAGUCAUCCUUCACCAUCUUAAAAUUAACGUAGAAGUGGCAGCUGGAGGAUGGUUUCUUGACCGCAUCUGAAUCAUCACUGUCUCAUUGUCUGAGAAGACUGACUGAGGUGUAAAAAGCUCAGAGCCCAGAGUUCUGGGGUCCAGAUCCAGUCACUGGCUCUGGUGUUAACUGGCUUAUUUAAGGCACUAUUUUAAUGAAGAACUUUGUACAUUUUAUAUUUUUUUAUUCUGUAAACCUGUUUUCAGAGGCAUCAUAAAUAUUUAAAUAUGAUGAACAUCCACAGCCUUUAUGUGAGUAUAAAGGUACAAGAACAAACUUGGGAAAAUCAUUUGUUUUCUUUGCACAUACCGAAGACACAACUGCAACAUCACAACUGAUAUUAUUAGGCCAUGGCUUAGAGAACAGUUUCAUCAUAAGAGAAGCCGUGGCCAUCGUGUCGUGUGGCCAUCGUGUAAGGACAGCAGCUCCUUGGCAUGCACUCCCACCUAAUCC